GGUCUGAAGGAGAGGCAGCCAAGAGCAGACGAACGGAACCAGCUCGCCGCCGCCGUUGCCGACGAUGCUUCCGUUCGAGGAGCAGGCCGUGGCGGACCUCCUGGAGGAUCCCAACGGAGGGCUGGUGGUGGUCUCCGCCGGCCUCCCGCUCGCCUCCCUCGCCGCUGCGCUCCUGCUCCACCUCCACCACCAAUCCACAUCCUCCUCACCCUCCCCCUCCUCCUCCGGCGGCAGCGGGGGCGGCGGAUGCUUCCUCAUCCUCUCCGCCCCGGACGCGCUCAAGGACCAAAUCCGGCGCCGCCUGGUCGAAUCCCAGCUCCUGCAGGUCCACGACGUGGCCUCCGACGUCCCCGCCGCCAACCGCCGCGCGCUCUACUCCUCCGGGGAGGGCGCGGCGCUCUUCCUCACCGCGCGCGUGCUCGCCGCCGACCUCCUCACCUCCCACCUCCUCCCCUCCCGCGUCCGGGCCCUGCUCCUCCUCGCCGCCCACCGCUCCUCCGACGUCUCCGCAGACGCCUUCAUCGCCCGCCUCCUGCGCCAGCACCGCCUCCUCCCCGUCUACGCCUUCUCCGACCGCCCCCACGCCAUGGUCGCCGGCUUCGCCAAGGCCGAGCGCACCAUGAAGAGCCUCUACAUCCGCCGCCUCCACCUCUGGCCGCGCUUCCACGUCCUCGCCGCCGCCGACCUCGAGCGCUCCCCGCCGGAGGUCAUCGACGUCCGCGUCCCCAUGACGAACCCCAUGGCGGGCAUCCAGGCUGCCAUCCUCGACGCCAUGGAUGCCUGCCUCAAGGAGCUCCGGCGGACCUACAAGGUCGAUGUCGAGGACCUCACCAUUGACAAGGGCCUCUUCAAGUCCUUCGACGAGAUUGUCAGGAGGCAGCUCGACCCCAUCUGGCACACCCUCGGCAAGAAGACCAAGCAGCUCGUCGCCGACCUCAGGACGCUACGGAAGCUGCUCGAUUACCUUGGCAGGUAUGAUGCCGUGACAUACUUGAAGUAUCUAGACACCCUGAGAGUAUCUGAAGGUGUUCGAUCGGUUUGGAUGUUGGCUGAAUCAAGCCACAAGAUAUUUGAACUUGCAAAAAGGCGUGUUUAUCAGGUUGUGAGACCGGACGGCACAAGGGUUUCAAUUGCCAAGGGCACACCAACGAAGAAGAGGAAGGUGACACCCAGUAGGAGCAAGAAAGGAAAAGAAACUGAAAAUGAGGAUUCUGCUUCUAACAAGGAUGACGCUCAGAAGGUAAAUGCAGAGGCUUCCUUUCUACUGGAGGAGGUUUUGGAGGAAGCACCAAAAUGGAAAGUAUUACGGGAACUGUUGCAAGAGAUAGCCGAAGAACAGAGAAAGGGAGAUGCUGUUGUACAUGAAGAUGAAAAUAAUGAAUGUGGCAUAGUCUUAGUAGCAUGCAAAGAUGAGCGCUCAUGCUUGCAGCUGCAGGAAUGUAUAUUGAGAAGCCCCCAUCAGGUCAUGCGAGAAGAGUGGGAGAAGUACUUGCUCGGGAAAGCCGAGCUGUUCGGAUUACAUAAAAAGAAGAAAAAACGAUCUCAGCAACCAAAAGGUUUUGGUGUCCUGGAUGGGCAAUUUCCUACAGGGUCUAAUGAGAAUGAGAACGAGAAUGCAGGGCCAGUAAGCAUUAGCAAGCUUGAGACUAAUGCCUUACUUGCUGCCGCCUCUGGUAUAAGCAAUUUAACUAAGGAAGCAGAUGCCAAGGAGGAUCCAGUUCCCAGCUGCAGCAAGAAAGGUUCUGUAAAGGGAAAAGGAAAGGGAGUACAAAAGAAAAUCACGGCAAAGAGACAAGCCAGUAAAAGGAAAAAUAAAUGUACUACAGAAAAUGAUAAUUGCCAAGGUACUGACGUGGAAGCAUCAGGCAAAACAGUUGAACAGUCUGACAUUAAUGUCUCUAAGGUGUCUGCUGAAGAUGCUCCUGCUCCAGCCUCCACUCCUGACAAUGCUGAAGACUUAAUUGAUCCCAAAAUGCUACCUCCUGUGCAAUUUUAUGCCCUAGACAGUGACCAGCAUGUACUAGACAUAUGGAAACCAUCCGUAAUUAUUGUCUAUCAUCCAGAUAUGACCUUUGUCAGGGAAAUUGAGGUAUACAAGGCAGAAAACCCAUCAAAGAAGUUGAAAGUUUACUUUCUUUUUUACGAGGAAUCUUCUGAGGUGCAAAAGUUCGAGUCCAGUAUCCGCCGAGAAAAUGAAGCCUUUGAAUCAUUGAUCAGACAGAAGUCCCUGAUGAUGAUACCUGUUGAUCAGAGUGGCCGUUGCAUUGGACCAACUCCGGCAAAUGAACCAGAACCUCUUUUUUCUCAGAAUUCACUGACAAGAAAGGCAGGUGGUAGAAAGGCAACAGGGAAGGAUAUGCAGGUUAUUGUAGACAUGCGGGAGUUCAUGAGCAGUCUUCCCAAUGUACUGCACCAGAAGGGUAUUCGAAUUAUACCGGUGACCCUGGAAGUUGGUGACUAUGUUCUUUCUCCCUUGAUAUGCGUUGAAAGAAAAAGUAUUGCAGACUUGUACCAGAGCUUUGCUUCUGGUCGUCUCUACAAUCAGGUCGAGAUCAUGAUUAGGUAUUACAAGAUCCCAGUGCUUCUGAUAGAGUUCUCACAAGAUAAGAGCUUCUCCUUUCAGUCUGCAAGCGAAGUUGGGGAUGACGUGUCCCCAACAAACAUAAUCUCGAAGCUGUCACUGCUAGUCCUGCAUUUCCCCCGGCUUCGCAUCGUGUGGUCCCGCAGCCUACACGCGACAGCAGACAUAUUCAUGUCGCUGAAAUCAAACCAGGACGAACCCGAUGAGAACAAGGCGAUGAGGGUGGGUGUGCCGUCGGAGGAUGGGGUCGUGGAAGACGACGUGAGGGCCGAGAACUACAACACAUCCGCGAUCGAGUUCCUGAGAAGGCUCCCUGGCGUGACGGACUCCAACUACAGAGCGAUAAUGGACGGAUGCAAUAGCCUGGCGGAGCUCGCGCUGCUACCGGUAGAGAGGCUAGCGGAGCUGAUGGGCAGCCAGAAGGGCGCCCGCACGCUCAAGGAGUUUCUGGAUGCCAAGUGUCCCAGCAUGAUCUCAUAGCAUCAACUUCUACUGUUCUGGUCAAGUGAAGUGAGGUCUUGGAAGAGGAGUUCCUCUGAACUAUGGGUGUUCAGAUACGCUGUACUUGUCAGGUAAGUAGGGCUAGGCUAUUUGCUAGUGUAAUCGAUAUCACAUUGUGUAAGGAGGACUGUCAAUUGGGUAGUUGAAUUCCAUCCAAAUCCAAUGCCAAAUAUGUGAUUGCUCUUA